AUGCGCAACAACGUGCGAUAUCUGUUAAUGUGGGUGAGGGCCGUCAGUGCGAGGCUGCCGCUGGUAAAACUUAUCUCCGAUAGGAGGCUUCUGCUGGCCGUAUCUGUGAUAUGUUGCAUUAUUCUUAUUCACGUGGGCCAGAUGAACGGUGACACGCUGAAAGGUUUUGCUCCGCGGGUAAACAGGAAGCAGUUGCCCCAAUAUUCAGAUCUGCUGAGCGUUGAUAUCUCGAAGGAACUCAAGGGGCAGAACCUGACGCGGAAUGGGUUCGAUGCGUCGCUUACCGAGAAACACUUCUCGAAAAAAAACGUGGAGGGGUACAUGUCAUUGCCGCUGGAUUUUGUCGACGAUUCUUCCUUGUUCUCUAAGUACGUCAACGUGCUGGAUUAUUACAUUUGGGACUACAAUAUUGACGUAGACGUUUUGAAAGUCAGAGAGGCCGUUUUGGACCGGCAAUCUCCAUUGGGGACGUUGCUGAAGCAAUCAGACGAGAAGGACUGGGAUGAUGAAAAGAUACAGAAGCGGUGGUUUGCAUUUGGCACUGUUGCGGUGUGGUUGGAGAGGGAACAAGUGUACCUUGUGUACACAAGGACAUUCUACUCGAAGCAGAGUAUUAGGAAUGCGCCAUACAUUUCGUUGAUCUAUGGGCAAGCAUUUGAUAGAAACUGGAAGGAAUUGCAAGAUUUCAGAGUGCCCUACGAAGAUGUAGAUGUCCCUGCGGAGGUGGAGGAGAAGUUGGUCGAGUUGCAAGACAAAAUUGAGAUGAAUUCGUGUGACGAUAAGAUCAACGAGGAGAAAAGCGUGUACGACACGUGUAUGAAGAGUGCUCAGAAGAAAAACUCGAAAAUUGAGGAGAGGAUUGAUAAAAUCUUGGACAAGUACUCUGUCAGGUACCCAUCUGUCAUGGAGAUCCCCUUUGUCAUCCACGACAAUUGGAACGGUCCCGAGGAUCCUAGGAUCGUCUUGAAGAAGACUCGGGGUCACGAAGAGCCCGUCAUCGUUUUCAACAUGGAGUCUCGUGUGAACAGAAAGUUUUACGCGUUCCAGCCGCAUCGUAAAUUCAACCCUAUGGUUCAAUUUGAUAUUGAAAACCAUGAUCUAAGAAGCGUUGAGAAGAAUUGGUCAGCAUUUUUCCACGAGGAGGAUGUCUCUGAGUCCAAUCCAGACUCUCCCGGGUCCAUUCAUUUCGUCUAUUCUUUCGAACCGUUAGAGAUCCUCAAAUGUUCGUUAUUCGACGGGAUGUGUAACGUGACUUACAAGGGCACUGAAACUGGGGGUGAAAGGGCGAACAAAAAGUUCACGGCCAUUAGGGGUGGUACACAGUUUGUGUCUCUACCGGCCGUUUUACCUGGAGUCGCGAAUCGCAACAUUUGGGUUGCCAUGGCGAAGACUAACGUUGAGAACUGUGGGUGUGGUUCUAGGUUCUAUCGGGCUGCACUUGCCGUCAUGGUGGAGACUGCGGGCGAGUACAAGAUUGACAUGAUUGCACCCAACGUUGACUUCGGUACGGAGCCAUUAUCGUGGGACUUAAAGUCGCAUCUGUGUGGUGGUUUGAACGUGUUGAGCCCCAACGGUAUCACUAGUUGGGAAAUCGUGUCGCAGGACCCUCAAACCAAGAGUUUUGACGAUUACAUGACUCUCACGUUCAGUGAGGCGGAUGCGGUUUCGAGGUUCGUCACGGUUCGUGGUGUUCUCAAUUAUGUCCUUGGUAUCUACGCGAAGGACCGUAACAAUCACCAGGGGGAUGCUAGUACCUCGAACACCACUGUACUGUUAGAACAGAUGUUCAAAGACGUUGCUGAAAGUGCUUUGAGGUUCUGUUCUAUUUACGGUCUUGGUCACAAAGAACCAAAAAGGUAA